AUGGGUACCCAGGGCAGCCCAGUGAAGAGCUACGAUUACCUGCUCAAGUUCCUGUUGGUGGGCGACAGCGACGUGGGCAAAGGCGAGAUCCUGGAGAGCCUUCAGGACGGCGCGGCCGAAUCCCCGUACGCCUACAGCAACGUGGUUGCUGCGGCACUGAGCUACGAUUACCUGCUCAAGUUCCUGUUGGUGGGCGACAGCGACGUGGGCAAAGGCGAGAUCCUGGAGAGCCUUCAGGACGGCGCGGCCGAAUCCCCGUACGCCUACAGCAACGGGAUUGACUAUAAAACUACCACCAUCCUAUUGGACGGACGGCGUGUCAAACUGGAGCUCUGGGACACAUCGGGGCAGGGCAGGUUCUGCACAAUCUUCAGGUCCUACUCCAGGGGUGCACAGGAGUCUGAUAUGUGGGGUUGUACACCUCACCUGCUAAGGAGUGUGACUGCAUGUGGAGGCAACCAGGGCUGUAUAACAAAUCAGAACUCUGCAAAUUGGAAAUGUUGAAGAUGGGCUCUGUACCAGGAACUGCAAAAGAUUCUCUGGAGAGGGGUAGGGGUGGAGGCUCAACAAAGUACGGGCUAUAGGGUCUUGUCCAUGAGCACCAUGUAUUCACAGAUGUAUGCAUGAUGUCGAAGGCACUCUUCUCUAUUCCCUGGGGUCCCCUACAUGCUUUCAGAUCUUUUUUAUUAUUUUGAGACCAGAGGAUGGGGAAGUACUUGGGGCCUGUAUGAACAGACCUGCCACAGACCCACAUGAAGCAUGUGAAUGGAAGCUCAGUCCCAUUGUGAUGGACUCUAGACUUCUGGAAGAGCCAGAGAACCUCCAGGGUCAGACCCCACCUCUAGACAACCAGGGCUAGCCUUGGAAACAAAUGGGGAGAAAAACAUAUUCUGAGGUCUAGACAACUUCAAAGAAAGAUGAACUGUCUCAAGUGCAUAUAUCAUGGCUUCUGGGCACCAGCUGAUUCUGGGGACAAGACUGUGCACCUAUGCUGGCUGUCCUGAUACAUAACAUCCAGGGCCCCUAUCACAUGUCCACACCACUGCUCCAUGACUUUCCUCUUACCUGGGGAGGCUAUGUGAGGGGAAACUAUAGUACAAAUUGGAUAGAGGUCACUGAGGUAGUGGCAAGGCUGAUGACAAACCCCCCCCCCCAAGUAGUCAAGGCACUUUGGGUAUGAAGCUUCCCAGGCAUUAUAGAAAAUGGGAUGUGCUACCCAUUAAGCUCCUCUACUUGCAGACAGCAUGUUUACUAAUUUAGCUAUACUGAAGCAUGCCAAUGUGAGAUCUUUGCUAUUUCCCUUCUGUGAAGAUGGGGGAUAGAAGGACCCUCAGGCUGAGAUGGGCAGCACACUGUCCUAGAGUCUCAUAGAAGGGCCUGAGUGUUUAUUAAACCCAUGCGGACUGUAUCAUCUGGAGCCAAUCCUCAGUAAUCAGGAGACAACAGGGAGUCCUUUACGGUAUCCAUUAAAGGGUAAGCACUAGUGCCUUGUCAAUGAGGAGGGUAAGUUAAGGAAAAAACCAUAGGCCAAAACCUGGCCCUGGUAGAGCAAAGUGAGGUGUUCUAGACUAAGGAUCCUGUUCCAUUGGCCCCACUUUUCUUUUUUUAAAAAUUUAUUUUUAUUUUAUGUGUAUGAGUGUUUUGUCUGCAUGUAAGAGCAUCACGUGUGCAAUGCCUACAGGGGCCUG